GGUCAAACGCGACAAAUAUUUGACAGUUUAACGUGAUUUAUCUAAAAAUUCCAAUAACUACGGCAACAAACUACAGUUGCACAAUUUUACACGGAUCAUCGCCGGAUUUCAAGCGGCUGAAGUACAAUCAUUUCCAAAAAUAGCAAUAAUAACACAUAAGCAUUAAAGGUUGUCCACCGCGAUGGCCAGCAUUAUCGACACUCUGGUGGAAAUGGGAUUCCCCCGAAAUCGAGUGGAAUUAGCAGUCUCAAAAUCAAACUCAAAAGACAUUGAAGCAGUAACAGAAUGGUUGUUAACUCAUGAAGAGGAUGAAGUCAGCACACCCCAGACACAAACAGCCACACUGCCACAAGCAGCAGAAUCAGAACCAAAUGAAGAACUAGCCGCAUUAGCAACAAGCUCCCAAGAGCCAGCAGCAGCCAAAUCAAUCAGAUGUGAUGAUUGUGGCAAGUUAUUCAAGAAUCAGAGUGAAGUGGAGUUCCAUGCUGCAAAAUCCGGUCAUGAGAAUUUUUCAGAAUCCACUGAAGAAAAGAAACCACUCACUGAAGAAGAGAAAAGAGAACAAUUGGAAAAGAUUGAGGCGAAAUUAAAGCAGCGUCGUUUAGAGCGUGAAGAACGCGAGAAACAGGAAGCCUUGGAACGUGAAAAGAAAAGGAUACGCUCCGGCAAGGAUAUGCUGGAGGCAAAACAGCGACAAGCCGAUCUAGAGAUGAAGAAAAUCGUAGAAGCGCGUAAACGUGAAAAAGAGGAAGAUCGUUUAGCGCGACAGCGAGUCAAAGAUCAAAUUGAACAGGAUCGCCUGGCAAGGAAAGCGAAAUCAGCAUCGGAAAGUCACGAAAAUGCCGCAAUUCCAAACCCGACGACUUCCACGCCAGCCGCGCCAACCCCAAAGGCUGCGGCGAAUUACAACGAAGUGCGUUUGCAAAUCAGACUCGCCGAUGGUCAGCAAUUAAUUACAAAAUUCGGAGCUAAGGAACCGCUGUCGGCGGUGAGGUGUUACAUUCAAAUGAAUCGCCCGGAAGCCACUCCGUUUGCGUUGAUGACUUUAGCACCCAGGAAGGUGUUUACUGAUGAAGAUUACGAAAAACCACUUGAUGUCUUAGAUUUGGGCCCGGCUGCUGUUCUAGUGGUGCAGAAAUUGUAAAAAUCGUAUAUAAGUUGGAUACAAUUCACUUAAUUUAAAUACGUUUACUUUUAAUUGUAAGCUAUGGACGCGCUUGAUGACUAAAUUGGUUGGUAGCGAGCUAAGUACAACUAAGUCUAACAUUUUCACUUCACUGCACACAUUGUUGCAACUCCAAUUGGGGCAUAAUUUGUUAUAAACUCACCGAUUUUUAUGAACAUGAUUUUUGUAUCAUUUUAUAAUACAUACAUACAAUAAAUACAUAAUUUGAGCAAUUAAAA